AUGUUCAAGACAAAUGCUGACACAGGACGAUGGACGCCGGACCAUCCACUUAUUCCAAUAGCUCACACAGUUCAGUCAAAAGGGGUAAUCUAUGUGAAGGACAUUAACUACAAUGACAAGGUCAACCAGUUUGCGAAAGAAAACAAUAUAAAGGUCUACCAUAGGGGUUUUGAAAUAGUAAAUGGCAGAAAAAUACCAUCAUCCACCAUUAAGAUCACAUUUGAUACAGAAACAGCACCAUUAUCAGUUAAACGUAAUGAUGGUACAGAGGUCCCGGUAUACCCAUCUUUACUAUCACCACUCCGAUGCAACAAAUGUCAGAAGCAUGGUCACACAGCAAAUAAAUGUACAGGCAAGUCAGUAUGCCCACACUGUGCGGGACCUCACUCCCACUUUGAAUGUAGAUAUAGGGAUGUAAAACAAUGCGCAAACUGUAAGGGCCCCCACAGUGCUGCCUAUAAGGGAUGUGUAGUCUACCUUAACUAUCUAGAAAACAUCAGCAAGAAAAAUGAAGCCAUCAAGAAUGAAUAUAACAACAGAAUUCAGAAAUCAGGUCUAGUACGCUCAGACCCACCCAAGGUCAACAAUGACCCAAACCAAAAUAUAGAUACAACAGAUUACAUACAUAAAUCGCAGGUUACAAAAAUAAUCAAAAACAUUGCACCAAAAUUAAAGGACCAAAAUCUUGAUGAAAAAUCGAUCGAGAAAUUGGUAACUGAGGCCAUUGCAGAAUGUGAACAACAGUCUGAGCAAAAACAAACUGAAUACAAUAAAAACUACACUCCACCCACAUCUAAACAAACAGGCAGCGCACCCAGAUAUCACAACAAAAGGUUACCUAGACCCCACCCAUUUAAUAGAGUAAACAGGUAUGCAAGGCCACAGACUACAACAGGUCGCAGACUCCCCCGGUGGGUCCCACACCACCCCCCACCACCACCCCAGUGGUAUGCCGGAUAUUGUCCCUAUUAG